AUUUGAUGGCUUUGAUUGGCUUCACCCAGUGAUUGGCAGGUCAGCGCUCCAUGUUGCGGCGCUGCGUGGCACUGGGCACCGACUGCCUCUGACUGCGCCGCACACGCAUGACUUGAGUUGUGAAUGGCCGCGACACUUGGCACAUUAGGCGCGGGGGGUAGAAGGAGAAGGAGCCGUCAGUCCGGGCACCGCUACCUGCUGCAGACCGAGCUUGUGUGUAGCCGACGCGUACACCCAUGGGUGUCGCUACUGUGACCGUCUCCAUCUGGACUGAGUGUAGCCGCUUUGAUCGGUGCAGUCAUUUUCAGAGUCGCUCGCUCGCUCGCUCAAAGCUAUCUCGGACUGAUUGGAAACGUGCAGACUUGGUCGCGUAAUUUGGAUUGAGGAGCCGCACGGAGCGCUGCAGCAGAGACGGAACCGGAGCAGCAGCAGUGGCAGCAGCAGCAGCAGCAGCAGCAGCGGCAACAGCAGCAGCACGGGAGGCACGGAUGUGAUGCUAGAGCUGGCCAGAAAAACAAAGGUUCAAGUCUAGGAAAGAGAACUGUUGGGUGACCCCUCUGGAGAAGGAUCAGGACUGUGGUUCAGCACAGCGAAAUGUAGCGCCUCACUGCCUUCAAAGCCGGAUUUGGAGACCUGCCUGCUGUCUACUCAUGAUUUCUCUGUAGUCUAGUCCAGGGCAUCUGUCUGCUGCAGUCAUGUUUAGGAACAGCUUGAAGAUGCUGCUGACGGGGGGGAAGGCCAACCGCAAGAGUCGCAGCAGUGAUGGUGGGAGCGAGGACUUGGCAGACCCCCGCUCGCCCAGUCUAGACCCUCACCUGAGCCACGUCGGCCAAGGUGGCAGCAUAGACAGCGACUGUGCCUUUGAAGGAGACUACGCCGUGCCCCCUCUCUCCAUGACCGAGGGCAUGCAACACAUUCGCAUAAUGGAGGGCGUGUCACGCUCGCUGCCCUCCUCCCCGCUGCUCACCCACCAGACCAUCAGUGUCAGGCUACAGCCCGUGAAGAAGCUCACAGCCCCUCUGCGGAAAGCAAAGUUUGUGGAGAGCCCUCGCAUUCCACAAUCAGAGCUUGGCUCCCCUACACACACCUCUACCACUGCCAAGAAUCCAGACCUGGACACAUACUGCCCUGGGGAGUCAAGCCAGGAGCUGGGCCCCCCUCCGUCGGUGGAUGAGGCAGCCAACACAUUGAUGACGCGCUUGGGUUUCCUUCUGGGAGACAAAGUGAGUGAGGGGCCAGCCGGUACCCAGUACAGCAUGGAGGAACCUGAGGCGAGACAGGGCCAGAACCAGAGGAUCAGUCCGUGCUCCACCCUGACCAGCAGCACUGCCUCCCCCCCUGCAGGCAGCCCCUGCUCCACCCUCCCCCCUGCCAUGCCCGGCCAGGCCGGCAACAAGGACUGCGCCUACGGUUCUGUCACCAGUCCCACCUCAACUCUGGAGAGCAGGGACAGCGGGAUUAUCGCCACACUGACCAGCUACUCUGAGAACAUGGAGCGAGGCGGUAAAUACGGCGAGGGCUCGCGGGGAAACCUGAAACUGUGGCAGUCCCAGAAAUCAGGCAUGGACUCGUUCCUGUACAGGGUGGAUGAAAACAUGACCGCCUCUACCUACAGUCUCAACAAAAUCCCUGAGCGCAACCUGGAGAGCAUGUCCUCCCACUCUGCCCACUCCAUCCCUCUGUACCUCAUGCCCCGCCCUAACUCUGUGGCUGCUACCAGUUCAGCCCACCUGGAGGACCUGGCGUACCUGGAUGAGCAGAGACACACUCCAUUACGCACCUCGCUGCGCAUGCCCAGACAGAGCACCACCUGCGGGCCGGGUCGCUCCGGGCAGGACCUGAGAGCUUCCGCUAAUAACACCCAUGCCUGGCAAUCCCAGUCACUGCGUUUUGCACCCUAUCGGCCUCAAGACAUCGCCCUCAAACCUCUGCUGUUUGAGGUGCCCAGCAUCACCAUGGAUUCCGUCUUCACCGGUCGCGAGUGGCUCUUCCAGGAGAUCGACGCCCACCUCAACAGCCCCAACGCCAGCACCAACCGUGGCGUGGUGGUAGUCGGCAACAUCGGCUUCGGCAAGACGGCGAUCAUCUCCCGCCUGGUGGCGCUCAGCUGCCACGGCACCCGCAUGAGACAGAUCGCCUCCGACAGCCCUCAGGCCUCACCCAAACAUGGAGAGGGGCUACCUCUGACCCAGCCCCAGCCCACGCACGGCACCCUGGGAGGAGGCAGCUGUCCCGGGACCCCUGAGAUGAGGCGACGCCAGGAAGAAGCCAUGAGGAGGCUGGCGUCUCAGGUGGUGGCGUAUCACUACUGCCAGGCAGAUAACGCCUACACCUGCUUGGUGCCGGAGUUUGUGCACAACGUGGCGGCUCUGCUGUGCCGCUCACCUCACCUCGUGGCCUACAGGGAGCAGCUGCUGAGGGAGCCGCACCUACAGAGCAUCCUGAGUCUACGCUCCUGCGUCCAGGACCCCCUGGCCUCCUUCAGGAGGGGGGUCCUCGAGCCCCUGGAUGCACUUUACAAAGAGAGGAAGAUCAACUCUGAGGAGGACCUCAUCGUCCUCAUUGAUGGUCUGAACGAGGCAGAGUUCCACAAGCCAGACUACGGAGACACAAUUGUGUCCUUCCUCACCAAAACCAUCAACAAGUUCCCUCCCUGGCUCAAACUGGUGGUCACAGUCAGAACCACGUUACAGGAGAUCACCAACUCGCUGCCGUUCCACCGCAUCUCUCUGGACAGCCUGGAGGAGAACGACGCCAUAGACCAGGACCUGCAGGGCUACAUCCUGCACCGUAUCCACAGCAGCCCGGAAAUCCAGAACAACAUCUCCCUAAAUGGCAAGAUGGACAACACCACCUUCGGGAAGCUCAGCGCCCACCUCAAGGCCCUGAGCCAGGGCUCCUAUCUGUACCUCAAGCUCACCUUUGACCUCAUUGAGAAGGGCUACCUUGUCCUCAAAAGCUCCAGCUAUAAGGUGGUUCCAGUCAACUUGGCAGAAGUGUACCUGCUACAGUGCAACAUGCGCUUCCCCACGCAGUCGUCGUUCGAGCGGGCGCUCCCUCUGCUCAAUGUGGCCGUGGCUUCGCUUCAUCCGCUGACUGAUGAGCAGAUAUAUCAGGCCAUCAACGCUGGUUCACUGCAGGGCACACUGGACUGGGAGGACUUCCAGCAGCGCGUGGACAACCUGUCAGUCUUCCUGGUGAAGAGGAGGGACGGUACCCGGAUGUUUGUCCACCCCUCCUUCAGGGAGUGGUUGAUAUGGAGGGAGGAAGGAGAAAAGACAAAGUUCCUCUGUGAUCCGAGGAGCGGGCACACCCUACUGGCCUUCUGGUUCUCUCGGCAGGAGAACAAGCUGAACAGGCAGCAGACUAUUGAGCUGGGCCAUCACAUCCUCAAAGCACAUAUCUUCAAGGGUCUCAGCAAGAAAGUCGGGGUUUCCUCAUCUAUCUUGCAAGGUCUGUGGGUGUCCUACAGCACAGAAGGCCUUUCAGCUGCACUUUCUUCACUCCGAAACCUCUACACUCCCAACAUCAAGGUGAGCCGGCUGCUGAUGCUGGGUGGUGCCAAUGUGAACUACCGUACAGAGGUGCUGAACAACGCCCCCGUCCUGUGCGUCCACUCUCAUUUGGGCUACAUGGACAUGGUGGCUCUGCUGCUUGAGUUCGGCGCCUCUGUCGACGCCCCCUCCGAGAGCGGACUCACGCCGCUCGGCUACGCCGCCGCCGGGGGACACAUGGCCAUUGUGACGGCGCUUUGUCGCAGGAGAGCGAAGGUGGACCACCUGGAUAAGAACGGCCAGUGCGCUCUGGUUCACGCAGCUCUGAGGGGCCACAUGGAGGUGGUGAAAUUCCUCAUCCAGUGUGACUGGGGCAUGGGGCCGCAGCAGCAGCAGCAGUCACCUCAGACCCAACAACAGGCGGCCUUCACGAAGAGCCACGCUGUCCAGCAGGCCCUCAUCGCUGCAGCCAGUAUGGGCUACACAGAGAUCGUGUCCUACCUGCUGGACCUGCCAGAGAAAGAUGAAGAGGAGGUGGAGCGGGCUCAAAUCAAUAACUUUGACACUCUGUGGGGAGAGACAGCUCUGACUGCAGCCUCCGGUCGGGGGAAGCUGGAGGUUUGUCGUCUGCUGCUGGAACAGGGCGCGGCCGUGGCCCAGCCCAACAGAAGAGGCAUUGUCCCGCUGUUCAGCGCCGUCCGACAGGGACACUGGCAGAUCGUUGACCUCCUCCUCACACACGGAGCAGAUGUCAACCUGGCUGAUAAGCAGGGUCGUACUCCUCUAAUGAUGGCCGCCUCAGAGGGACACCUGGGAACUGUGGAAUUUUUACUAGCUCAAGGAGCCUCUCUGUCUCUAAUGGAUAAGGAGGGUCUGACCGCACUGAGCUGGGCCUGUCUGAAAGGCCACUUACCCGUCGUCCGCUGCCUGGUGGAGAGCGGAGCCGCCACCGACCACGCAGAUAAGAACGGACGCACGCCCCUCGACCUGGCCGCCUUCUACGGCGACUCUGAUGUGGUCCAGUUCUUGGUCGACCACGGGGCCAUGAUAGAGCACGUAGACUACAGCGGGAUGCGACCUCUCGACAGAGCGGUGGGCUGCAGAAACACGUCUGUGGUGGUCGCCCUGCUCAAGAAAGGAGCCAAGAUAGGUCCAGCCACAUGGGCCAUGGCCACCUCCAAACCCGACAUCAUGAUCAUCUUACUCAGCAAACUCAUCGAGGAGGGGGACAGCUUCUACAAGAAGGGGAAGGUGAAGGAGGCAGCGCAGCGUUAUCAGUAUGCUCUAAAAAAAUUUCCACGCGAAGGCUUCAGCGAGGACCUCAAGACGUUCAGGGAACUCAAAGUAUCGCUCUUCCUCAACCUGUCCCGAUGUCGGAGGAAAAUGAACGACUUUGGGAUGGCUGAGGAAUUUGCUACUAAGGCACUUGAACUGAAACCAAAAUCAUAUGAGGCGUACUAUGCCAGAGCGCGCGCCAAGCGUAGCAGCAGACAAUUUCCUGAAGCCUUAGAGGACCUGAAUGAAGCCAUAAAGCAGUGCCCCAACAACCGAGAGAUCCAGCGGCUGCUCCAGCGUGUGGAGGAGGAGUGUCACCAGCUCAACCAGGAGGAGCACCAACAACAAGACUUGGAGCUGGAGCCUCCUCCCUCGCCUCCUCCUACGCCUCCCCCAGAAGAGGAGGAGUCCCUGUCCCUUUCCAUGCCUCUCCCCCCUCCACCCGAGCCCCGUCUGGAGGACAUGGAGCCCGUCCAGGACCUGUUUGAGGACGAGGACUACCUGGAGCAGGAGCUGGAGGCCAUGUCUAUGGGUCUGCCCCCACCUGAGUCUCACACCAAUUCUUCCAGCCUCCCCAUCAUUCAGAGCCCCCCACUCUCCCCGACACAUCCGGAUCAGAUCUACUUAGCUGGAGGUUCUCCCAUGGGCCAGCCUUACGAAUAUCACCCCACCUCCUCCUCCAUGUCCUCCCCAACCCGCGGGACGUACCAGCCCACGUCGCCCUCACUCUCCCCGACGCAUCAAAACUCCCACUACCGACACAGCCCGCCUCAUACCUCCCCGGUGCACCAGCCGUCCUACCGCUUCAGCCCGCCUCCUAUGGGUAGUGGGGGGCAAGGGAUGGACCACCAGAGCCCACCGCCUUCACCUUUACGUAGGGCUGCUCAGUACAGAGCCAGUCCACCAGUAGAGAGUGUUUGUCUGUAUAGGUCCCAGUCCGGUUCCCCUGUGCGCUACCAGACGGAGCAGCUCCCAGGCCGACCCAAAUCUCCCCUGUCUAAGAUGAGCAGCCAGCGUUCCUUUCAGCUGAGCUCCCAGCCCUCUCUGUCCUCCCAGCACCACCAAGCCCAAGGCCUUCGUCUUCAGCCUUCUAUAGCCCAAAUAGUCCGCACAAACCAGCCCAGCAAUGUGAUGGGCAACAGCAGCUAUGGUGGCCAGAUGGGUCACUCCAUAGGCAGUCGUUACCAAGGAGGUUCAGUAGAUGUGGAGAGCCGAUUGGUGUACCAGCCUUCCCUGGAUGGACGGUCCAUGUCCCAAGUCCAGGCCAGCCUCAGCUCUGGGGCCCUCUGUCAGCACGGCGGCCGAGGAGGGGUUAUGGAGUCGGGCUUGUUGAAGGAUGAGCUACCCCAGCGCCCCUCCUCUGCCUACCGCGCCAGCAGCGGGGGCCCGGGGGGCAUCCGUUACAGCCAGACACCUCAAAUCAGCCGCAGCCAGUCAGCCGCCUACUACCCAGUCUCUGAGCACGUACUGGAGCGCGCCAAUGCCAUGCCCCCCUGCCAGCUGGGUUCUCCUGAGAUCCCACAUAUGGUGAGACGCCCCGUCAGUGCCAAUACUACUGAGAUGAAGCAGCAUGUGCCCACCCCGAGGCCUCUCAUCCACUCUCAGAGCGUAGGCCUUCGAUUCUCCCCCUCUAGCAACAACAUCUCAACUGGAUCCACCUCAAAUUUAGCGCCGGGCUUCAGGCCUUCGUCUUCCAUUCAGCAGAUGGAGAUCCCCCUGCAAGCCACGUAUGAGCGCACCUGUGAUGACAUCUCUCCCAUCUCUCCCUCCCAGGGCGGCGGGGGGCUGUAUCAAGGCGAGACAACCCGUUCUCGGAACACGCCCUUCAUGGGCAUCAUAGACAAGACGGCACGGACUCAGCAGUACCUGCAUCAGCCCUCUCGGUCCAGGGGCAUGACGUCCAUGGACUCUGCCAUCAGCCCCACCUCGCCCGGCCAGCUGGUCCAGCAAGGCUCCACCUACAGUCCCCCCACCUCACUGGGCAAUAUCGCCUACUACAACAAGACCAACAAUGCCCAAAAUGGACACCUGCUGGAGGAGGACUACUACUCCCAGACUCAGCCCCCCUCACUGGGCAAGCUGGCCAACGGCUCCCGCGGCAGUGGGGACAUUCUGGAGCGGGUCAGCCAGGUGCCCACCUACCCGGAUGUGAAGGUGGCGAGGACUCUGCCCGUGGCACAAGCCUACCAGGACAACAUGUACCGCCAGCUCUCUCGUGACUCCCGGACCCAAGGCCCCACCUCCCCCAUCAAACCAAAGAGACCAUUUGUGGAGUCAAAUGUGUGAUGGCCUGUCUGUGAUUGGUCGGUUGGACUGGGCUUGUUUGUGGGAGUGAGAGAAGAAAAAUAUUUAGCUCAACAGCAGAUGCUGCUGACUCUUGUGUAUGUGACAUAGACAAACUCAUCCUAAAGAACUCACGAGAGACAGAUCGACUCAGAGAGAAAACCACAGAGCGGGCACACACACACACACAUUUAGGGUAUUAGACAUUAUCUUAUAUGAAAAACAUAACUAACAGUGAGAAGCGAUUAUUUCAUUAUCAUAUUCUGCACACAGGUAGGAUAACAGGAGGGUCCUAAGUUCUGAUCUCAUACUAAAUCAAAGACCAGUGCACUUCCAAAAAUGUUGAGAGGCACAAAGAUCCCACAGGUGAACACGACGUGUGGGACUGAAAGAGUGAAAGUACUUAUCAUCGGACUCUACUCGUGGACUCUGUAUCCAUCUUCUGUUCUUUCAAAGUGUGCUCUUAACCAAGGUUGCUAGUAGGCUCUAUUCUAUGUAAUACAAUAUUAUAUGUUCAAUACUGUACAUUGCUCAGAAAAUACAAAUGGCUCAACAACUCAGUACUUAGAGAAAAAUGACAAUAUUUAUAAUUAAGUUAUAUAUUGUACAUAGAAAUAAAACAAAACAUAGUUUG